AAAUAGCCAACCCUGAGUUAAAUCUCAAGUCCUGAGAUAAGGACUGACUACUGCUGGGAUUCUCAAAAGAAGAGAUGCAAGCCGUCAAUGAGCUCACCCAGAGCAGGGUCCUGGUCACUAAAGAAUCAAGGGCAAGGGCAAACCGAACACUCCUCCACUUUGGCUUGGCUCCAAGCUUCUCCUCGUCAUGACCAUGAGGGUUUUGGUGGCUGCCUUCUCCUUCCUCCUCUUUCUCUCUGGCUUCUGCUUGGUGAUGUCAGUUGAGCAAGCCGACUCAAUUGACUUCACCUUCUGCUGCAGCAACUUCAUCAACCAUCGGAUCCCACAAUCUCUCAUCAUCGGUUUUGUUAGGACUAGCUCCCAGUGCCCCAAGCCUGGAGUUUUGUUUGAAACCAAACAAGGAGUGAAAAUCUGUGCCAAUCCAGCUGUCCACUGGGUCCAGAGGUAUAUGAAAAGCCUGGGGGUACAGGGUGGCAGGUGACAGAGGACAAGGAAAGUCAGCUGGAGCCCUCCUGUGUCCUUUGGCUAGUGCUGACUUGGUCCUGGCCCCCAGGGCUGUAGGCAGCCUCAAACCUGUUAUUUCCACCCCAGAGGGAUGGAUGGAAAUGGGUCAAGCUGCUGCCACAAUUAGGGGGAGAAUAAAAGCCUUUGAAAGCAAAA